GAAGCGAAUGAAUGCGCGCUGUGCAGUAAGCAGUUUAAACUUCUGACUGAACUCUCUCUCUGUGCGGGUGAAGUCAUCUGUCCAGAGAGGCGACCGUUUGCUUGGGCCCGACGCUUGGCGGCGCAGCUGUCGCGUCGCCCGGCGCGCGCGGGAGGGAAAGCCGCCGCGGCGGAAGUGGGGAGUCCCUUGCAAGUCAGUCAGUCGUCCGCCGCCGUCCGUCAGCCGCGGAGGUCCGUCGUGCGGGAGAGGCGCGCCGUCACCUCGUGUUCGAGUCUGGGGGGAGAGGAUGUAGCGUCGUCUCGAGCGGAGAGAGACACUCACACACAACAUCGCCUCGUGUGUUUCCGCCGUCCUCCCCCCGAGAGAGGAUGGUGCUGUUCGGCGCGUCGCCCGACGAGCCGCUCGACGCGUCGACGCCGCGGCUGCUGCGCAUGUCGCCGCUGCGCCACAGCAUGCGCGUGCCGCCGACGCCGAGGCGGCGCCUCGACGGCGACGACGGCGACGACCAGUCGUCCACCGGCUUCAGCGACGACGCGGCGUCAACCCUGUCGGCGCCCGGGCCCAGGACCUCCGCCGGCGACAGACACCUCGACAAGAUUGACUUGGCGGCGUGGAACAAGAGCAUCAGCCAGCGGUGGCGGCGCCUGAGACGGCGCUGCUCGUCCUUCACCAGCCCGUCGCCCGGCCGCGCCGAGCAGCUGCUGUCGCCGCGCGAGCAGCAUGCGGCGCGCGUGCUGCCGCCCCAGCCGCCGCCUGACGCCGCCCCCGCCGCCCCCAGGAGCGGCGGCAUGCUGACGCGCCUGCACGCCGGCCUGCGCAAGCGCCGCGCCGUGUCCGUGCACGAGGUGUCGUCGCCCUCGGCGCAGCAGCCCACCUUCUACGUGCCCUCGCCGCUGGCCAAGUCCUGCACGGAGCAGCGCCUGCGCGAGGCCGACACCGACCCGGAGGACGACGACGAGGCGUACGGCGGCGACGGCGGCCCGGCGUCGCUGCCGCCCUACGCCUUCCGCGACCGCCGCCGCGCGCCCAGCCCGUGCUGCUCGUCCGGCCGCGGCACCGCCACGCCCACCGAGGACGCCGACCGGCGCAGCACCGACAGCAACGGCUCGUCGUCGGGGUCCUCCUGCGGCCGCCACCGCCACGACCAGGGCUACCACAGCAUCGAGCACCGCUCCCGGCGGCGGGACGAACCCUCGGGCGCCUGCCCCCGCCGGUGGUCCGUCGCCGACGAGCCGGCGCGGCGCAAGGGCGCGUUCCUCAUCGGCGGCGGCGUGACGACGACGACGGGGCACCCGGCGCCCCCGCCGCCGCGCGACUCGGGCCCGCCGUCGCUGCUGUUCGCCGCCGAGGAGCCGCCGCCGCCGGGCGACUUCUCGGACGAGAAGCGGCGCCUGAUGCGGCAGCUGCAGGAGGCGCUGCGGGCGGCGUCGCCGUCGGGCGCGAGUCGCGCGGGCGUCGGCCGCCUCGCCAAGGCGCACCGCAGCAGCCACAACCUGUCGUCGGCGGCGCAGCGCGCGGAGGCGGCGGCCCGACAGGCGGAGCAGCGCCAGCAGACGGAGCGGCCGGAGAGCUGUGCCCGCGUGGAGGGCGACCUCGCGGAGGGCGACGAGGAGAGCAAGUUCUGCACCCUGCCCCGACACGGGGGAAACGCAGCCUUCACCAUACUCUCUGUGGCGUUCAGUAAGGGCCCGGGCCAGAAGGGCCUCGGCUUCAGCAUCGUGGGGGGAAGGGACUCGCCCAAAGGAAACAUGGGCAUCUACGUCAAAACCGUUUUCCCCAACGGCCAGGCAGCUGAGAACGGCAGACUGAAAGAAGGCGACGAGAUCCUGGCGGUGAACGGCAAGGCCCUCCACGGACUGAGCCACCAGGAGGCCAUCACCGUGUUCAAGGAGAUACGGGUGGGGGAGGUGCUACUGCACAUCGGCCGCCGCGUCCCCAAGAGGCGGCGCGAACCGCUCCAGCGACCGCUCGCCUGAGCUGGGCCGACAAAUCCCUGCAGUGGAAAAACUCUUCUGAAGAAUUAGUGUUUACUGACUCUCUCGCCACAUGGGGGGUUACUUUUAAUGUGUUCCAGCUUCACAGAAGUGGUCUCUUCCUUGUUUUCCCCCUCCAGCGUUAACGUUUCUUUUGAUCAAUUUCCUUGGCAACACUUCCCGUCUUUAAUGCAUAGAGUAUAUGUUUAAUUCUAAUGUCACAUGUUGGUCAAAUUUUUUUUUAUUUCUAAGAUCAAAUUAUUUUACUCUUAAAAAUUUUCAGUUUUCAUUGUAAUUUUUGCUUAAUUUUUUUAAUGUUUUUUCCGCCCCUUCUUUUCUCUUCACUCAGUAGCAGAAGUUGUGGCAAUUCAGAUUAUUGUUGCAGUGAUAACUGUUUUGUUAUAGAGAUUUGCUUGGAUCUCAUGGCUGUUUCAUCUUUGUAGGUCAGAAGGUAGAAUAACACUAUACUUUUAAAAUUAACUUUUUUAACUAUUUUUUAUUUUAACAUUUCCAAACAUACAUACAUACCUUCAUACCUGUGUUCAGUUACAAUUGAUUCAAUCCCCAUAUUCCCUUACGAUGAAUCAUCUCUGUUGAUCGUUUUCUCAAAUUUUUUCAGGUGAUUUCCUAGUUCACAUAACAACCACUGUAGAAGACUCCGCAUGAAGUAUGUUUGAGGUUUAUUGCUUAUCAUGAGAGAGAUCACAACUUACACAAGAUCUUAUUCCCUGAAAUAGGUCUCCCAAUGUCUUUCAGUUGUAUCUUGAAAUGGCUCUAUCAUUCUUGAUAUCAGUAAAGGUGUCAAGAACAAAUAGUGGCUUUCAAAUUCUAGGAACCAACAUUUUGAGUAUCAGGACUUUUUACACUGCUAAAUUUUCUUUGAAUUUUAAGAUACCUAUAUAACUUUAUUGUUUGUUAUAAUUAUCAUCUUCUUUAUAAUUUAAAAUAAUAAUUAUGAAUUUAUACAAGUAUAAUUUUACACUUUCAAGUAUAGAACUACUUAUUAGUGCACAACUGCACAUUAAAAAAGGCCACACAAAAUAAAUGAAAUUUCUGUUCCUAACACGCGAGGCAUUCAUGAGAGCUUUAAAAUCUCACUUAAAAAUGUCUUUUGAUAUCCCUGAUUUUUGAUUUAUUAUUUUACAUGCGUCAUGUCAGGAGUUGGUCUUAAUUAAAAAAUUGUUAUCUUCAAAUGUGUUACUACCAUGCGAUUUAGAGAGAAACUUUUCGAACACACAACUACAGCCGCACUGACCGAAUUUCUCAGUCUUAUCUACGGACGUCUGUAUGUCUCCCUCCUGCCCGCAGCCACUGCUCCUGCCAUUCCCCCACCCCAUGUUCCCUCCCCGACUUCCUCUCCACCGCUUGGACGGCAGGAGGAAUGGUAGCCAGCCCCCCGUUCCCUUGCACUGUGUAAACCCGCGUGGCCUAGCUACUUUUCAACAUUCUAUCGAGGAUCGAGGAUCUUAUAGACGUUUUCUGUAAUAAGUUUUUAUAAAGACAAUGUUUUUACAAUGCGCUAGACUUUAAUGUUGGUUCGGUGCAAGGGGUUGCGUGAGCAGAGCAGUGGUCUGGUCCCCAAGGCCGGCGGCGUAGUUGCUUUGUGUGCAAUGGGAACACGCGAAGAUAGCAGGAGCUCUUAGUUUCUGUGCAAGAAGCAGACAGCGUACAAAACCUUUUUGAGACAAGAUUCUCGUAAAAAGAAUCUUUUCUCAAAAAUGUUGUGCAUUUGUUCGAAAACUAGUAAUUCGAAUGAAAUAAUGUAUUUGAACAAUAGAUUCAGAAUGUAAUUACUACCUACUGAAAGUAGUGGCACCAAAGGUUCGAGAGGUUUCAAUGAAUUUUCACCCACCGAAAUUUGGACAUUUACAAAAUGUUUCUUUCAAAUAAAUUUGCGAUCAUGUUAAUUACUCAUGCGUAAAAACUUAGUGUUUAUAAAUUUAUUAUUUUUAAAAAAACUCAUUGUAAGAUUGAUUAAUUUGUUGCAACAUAAUUUUCAAUGAACAGUUUCUGAAAAAAAAAUUGGUUUAAUGAGAAAAUAUAGCCUGAAAAGCACAUAUGUUUUUAGGGAAGAACAUUCAAGUUUACAUAUUCCAAUAUAAAUUGUAACUUAAUGGUUUGUAGUGUGAAACUACAUCUAAAGUUUCAAUAUCAUCACAAUAAUAAUCUUUCAUAUACUGCUUGUAGCAAUCCUAGUAAAGUUUGUGGCACCCUCUUGUUAGGGAAAAGAAUUCUGAUUAAACUUGGUUCUUGAUUAGGUGUAUCGAUAGCCUACUGCUGUUAAACAUUUGUUACUGGGUCGUAUGGUGUGCACCAGUGUUGUAACCAGACACCUUGCUGUGUUUCACUCGCAAAUUUCCACUUUGUGAAAUUUGGUGCAAAGGGUAUGCAUUCCAAAUCAUAAAUUCACACCUACUGAGUUUCAGUUUUAAGUGUUCAGCUUGGCACACAGAUUGGUUUGCCAAGUGUGUUUUAGCUGCUGGAACACUUUUCGACAUUUACAUCAUUACGUAAUCAUUUUUAAUUCAAAUAGUCAAACAACAGUUUGUAUGACGUAAGAAUUGAAGACAAUGUAUUUGUAUCAUUUUCCAGUUUACUCAAAUUAUUGCCACUUCAUGAGAGAUUUUGCAGGCUCAUCCAAGUUAUUUAUUCCAAUAACGACCCAAGAAAGGUUAGGUAAAAUCAUUGAUUGUGUGUGUGUUUUUUUUGUUUUAGUUUCAGUUUGUUUCAAACAAAUGAUUGUCAUUAAUUAAGCAUCUUCUGUUGUUUAGUCUCUUACAAAAAUUUAUAUAAGAUACUAGAAAGUAGACAAGGUACAUAAUUUAUAUAGAAUUUUUUUUUGUACUGAUUAUAGUGACAUGUUAUAUAAUGUCUGAAACAAAAUUGUGUGUGUAAUAAUUUUUUAACGAUGCUAACAAUGAAAAAAUUUAUUUGUUGUAGGCUACAUGUUUCAUUCAGAAUUUGGGCUUUUAUUCUUCCAGUUAGUAUUGUUUUGAUUCAGACUGCUAUAUUUCCAUGGUCCAAAAUGAAAAACUAUGUUUAAUAUGAGAAAUGUCUUCCUCAUUGCUAGAUCAGGUACUUUUCUUACACCACUUUUAGAUAUCCAACAAAUUAUUGCUGCCAAUGUCACAAAUUCCUUUGUACUAAAUGAUACCUGCUAUAAUUACCCUUUUAAAGAGUGCCUGUGCAUACAAUAUUGCUAGGGAUAGUAAAAUUCACAUUUUUAUUCAACUAAACCAGACUGCAGCAAGAACAUAAACAAGUCAGUGUUUAUGUUCUUUGAAUCCUGCCCCCUUUUUUUAUCGUUAAAAUUAAAAUUAUAUUUACUCGUACUAAAUAUAGAAUUUUUGAUUUUGAUUUUUUUUUUUUUUUUGUUCUUCAGGUGUUUAAAACUACCCAUGAUCCAGUGAUAUGUAUUUCAAAUGUUAUAAUGGUAAUCUUCUAGCCUGUUUUUAUAUAAUAAUGAAAAUGUCGCAGGUUCUGACUUAUACCCAUUACACUCAUACCUAGACACACACAUCCUUGUGAUAAAUGUAGUAUCACCCUUAACGUCAGUUUAAAUAAUAAUGUGUUGGUGAAUAAGUACUGUGUGCAUUUUACUACGCAUGAUAACACAUCAGAAAUAUGGCAGCGACAUACAGACUGUGUAACCGGAGUCUGGAAUCACAGGAGUGGGGAUAUACUAUUCAAGUCGAGUUGAGGUUUGAAUAAUUUACAAGCCAACAUGUAUUAACAUUAAUUAUUUUGUGCAGUGUCUUCUAAAUUGCCCAAUUACAGUAGCCUUUUUUUUCUGUGUUGCCAACUGUUUGUGAAAAUCAAAUACCGGGAAGGAAGGUGAUAUACAUUAUUUCAGAAGUCUGACAUUUUCUUUGUCAAUAUUCCAUUCAUCCCUUAUUCAGUGAUACAUCACCGAUCAUCCCCAUCUCUGUUGAGGGUGUGUUUCUUUAAUCUUUUGUUCCUCAAACUGGUGCAGCUGACUUAUAAGGAUCUAACACAUCCCUCGCACAUGCUAAGUCAAGUCCACUCUUCAUAUUACUCUUUGCUGUGAACUUGCUUCUUGCAUAGUAUUUCAAUAGUCACAGACUGGAAACCAUUCUGAGGAACUGGAUCAUAUACCCAUGCUCACUUAUUACGUACUUCCAUGGAAAAUUAAGACUACAGAAGACUGUGUAAUAAUACAUGUGCUGUUGACCAUGUGCAGCUUAAGUAAUUGCUGAAAAAUAUAUACAUUUAAGCAUUAGCUUUUUACAUAGGUAGUUUACGGAAGGCCAUUUAUUAACGUAUUUUGGAGUUGUAAAUACAGGUCGUAGCACCGAAUAUUCUGCACAACAUUCAAGUGUGUUAAUUAAAAGUGUUGAAAGUUUUGUAGACUGAUUUUUCUGCAUAAGAACUUGAUAAAAUGAAAUACAUACUGUACAUAAAACUAGCUUCUGUGUUUUUUAGCCACCAUACUUCUUGAGGGCCUACUAUACUGGUACAUGUUAAAUGUUGGUAUGGCAUAGGAAACAUUUACAAGUUCAUCAUUUAAUAUUUCUGCAUACAAAAUUAAAAUUAGUUACCAUGUAUUUUUACUGUGUAAAAUCUCAAAACAUUUGUGAAAGUAACAACAUGCAUAUAUCAUAAAACACUUUGUAAACAUGUAAUCUACUGUUGAAAAUAAAAUAUAAGGUAAUUAUUUUAUGUACAUUUUAUUCAUUUACAUACUCUGUAACUGACAUUAUUUUUUGUUGGAGUACUUCAGUCAUAAAUGGUGGUAUUCGAAACAUAGCGGCAUACCCCCAUCCCGAACCCAGAAUAAUUUUUAGAUUUUCUCCAAAUUCCUUAUCAUAGUUUACCAAAUUUUCUAAUGUAAUAUUUUACUGCAGUGCUAUAGAUAAUAGGUCGUUUUAGAACUACAAAUAAAAUGUACUAAAUAGUUAAAUUGUUAAUAUAUUAAAAUUAUAUUAAAAAAUUUAAUUUGGCCCUCCCCUGACCAUCAUUUUGGAUCCGCCUAUGUAUUGAAAACAUAUAAUGCUUCUUUUAUAAUGAAACGUAUUGUUUUGAAUGACAAAGAUACAAGUACGUAAUUUUCAAUAUUCUUGCAAUGCCUUAAACAGAAAUGUUUAUUCGCCAUGAAGAUGUACAAUAAUUUUUGGUGUUCAAAAUUAAUGUGAAUAUUUCUGUAUCCUUUAUAAAUCUAAUAACUGUUGAUAAGUAUUAAAAAAAAUGUUCAGAACUGCUCUAUUUUUUUUAAAUUAUAUUUUUUGGAGUUACUAAAGGUUUUAGCUUGUAGGUACUGAUUUCAAUACUUCAAUACUUUGAGGGCGUACCGGUGUUGAGGUGAAAAUAUCGGUGGAAAUUAAUGGGCGCCACCACGUGAGGGGGCACGUGGACCCGGCUGAAAGACUCUAACUCAGGGCGUUACGUGGCCCGUGUGCGGCGAGAUAUUAGCCCUCCAAAUGUUAUACGCAGCUCCUGUCCCUACCUAAGCCCGCUCUCAGCGUCGGGCACGCUUCUAAUUACCGCAGUGGGCUCUCAGGGCGUCCCACACGCCGCUGACCAGGUUAGGGACCCACGUGGCCCCCCGAACACAAAACACGUAACACAGUUAAUUGGCUUUUAUUCUACUCACGGUACACGUCCUUACACGAUCCUCCACUGAUACAACUUUAAAACGCCCGAGGCACGAAUCAGAUUAGGUGAGGAGGCGAACCACGCACGUGGCCGCCUCAAGCCGUUACUUAAUACACCGAUGAGAUAAAAACUCCGAAGAUUGAAUAAUUAUUACUUAAGCAGUCUCUCCGGCCGAGAGAGGCCCCGAGGAUGAAAAGAAAGCGAUUUGAAUAAAUUAAGUUACAGAAUUACUACUCGGUGAACCAACGGUGAUGUCCUCGGGGUGUCUGCAGAGACGUCCGCUCUCGACCGGCUGUAGAAGGAGACUGGGCUGAGCUCAUGGCUUGCGGGUGGCAACAUGGCGUCCUUCGCGCCGAACACAACUACCGUUACAACUUGGCUGUAGCGUGCCCCGGGUUACUAUUAUAAAAUACAUAAAUCCUUUUACAAUAAUUAUUAGAUUACUUCCAUGUCAAGACCGUCUGUAAUGAUUACUUAUAAACAUAAAACAGGGUUCAAAUGAGUUUCAUGUUAGUUCCUCCGUCGCCCGCUAGGGAGCGUCCUUGUUCGUGCUUGGACUUAUAAAAUAAUAAAAGAUCAUGAAGCUAUUAAUUAAAAGACACUCACAUGCAUAGCCAUCGUUACACUGUUUUGGGGCGGAAAGAAAAAGGAUUACAAUAUUAAUUAACAUAUUUAGGGGUGCGGCGCACUGCAGCUAAGCGCCCUCUUGCUGUAGUUCGUGGCGCGCAGUUUGAAUCGCACACGGCUACGUACGUCACGACACAAAUGCCGGGUAGGAAAGGUGGUGGGAAAGGGAACGGAGGAUGAUCAGGCUCGUGGGGCGAAGCCCCGGCUGACGUCAACUUGAAUGCAGUGGUGAAUGCUAAUGGAAGCCUGCAUCAGUCAAAAGGAAAACAUAAGGUGGUACCUGUAUUUAAUUCAGAAUCUAAUAUAGGUCAAAUGGAAAAUGUGCUUGAAUUGCUUAAAUUAAUGAAUAAAUAACAGAAAUUAUGGCCUCUGAUCUUAAAAGUGGGCUGCACACUCACCGCAAUUGUGCACAGAGCAGCAAUGAGAUUGGAGUGUUAUAAUAAAGAUGUGUAAAGUGUUAGCAUACACCUAUACCGAAAGUUCCAUGCCUAAUAUUUACACUGAAAACAUGCUCCUAAAUAUGUACUUUGAAAGCAAACUCCGGAAUUUUAAGGGCGCCGUCUGCCCGGGUACACACACGGUGCGCAGAGCUUCAGGAAAACAAAACGAUUUGAUAACUACUCAAGAUAUCUGAGUGGGGUCAGAGGUUUAUUUGUGUUGGUGAAGCGGGAUGA